UUGGUUGACAACAGUGUAUAAUACGGGGUAUCAUCUUUCUUAAAAUUAUUGUCACAAUUUUAACCCUUUUCUUUUGAUAUUCGUUAAAAGUGACUGAUUAAAAGUGAAUAGGAAAAUAAACAUUAAGUUAACUGGUCAAACAUAUCUCGAAGAAAUUGUGCCGGUAAAUAUGUGAUCAUUGUCCAUGUUCUUAUACAGUGAGAGAACUCCUCGCCAUUUUACAAUUAGUUCAUCGUCAGCUUGCGAACCGUGUCGAGCCCGAAAUCUCUAUGCAACAUUUUCUCUCUCUCCUGUGCUUUCGACCGUCUCGAUAUGGUUUUCAGCUUGUAUUAAAGUUAAAAGCGGUUAAAAUAUCGCGUCUAGGCGAAUGGAAUUAAUAUCAUUUGUUACGUGUAUAUUUUCUUCUUCGUCGUUUGUACAACCAGUAACAAUUCUUCGUUACCAUAGAAGAAACGAACGGAAUAAAUAACGUCAAGUAAUCUACAUUUUCCUUUUUGGUUACGAACGUUAUCAAUCUUUUGAAAAAUUAGAACACGUUCUACGACACGUCGCUAUUUAAAUUUGUCCAAAGAAGGAAUUUAAAGGGGAAACAAAAUAAAAGAUAAAAAUACAACGAAAGGAUCGUGAUAAUCUUUAUGAUAGUGGGAUGAUACAUUGAGAGUGAAGGAGGAUUCCUGCAUGGACCGUUCUCAAGACAAGAAAAUAGAAACUAUUGGCAGGAUGACGGCCAUGACGCAGGAAGAAAUUAUGGCUGGGGCACGUACAGUGGCCCAGGGAUUGGAGGCUCUCCGGGUUGAACACAGCGGCCUCUUACAAGGAUUGCAAUCACAAGAAGCACCAGCUGCUCGAGAUAAAUCCACUCUUUUAUCGAAGAACAUCGAAAUGAUAGAAUUGGGUUUGGGAGAAGCUCAAGUGAUGAUGGCAUUGGCUAGUCAUUUGCAAAUGGUAGAGGCAGAGAAGCAAAAACUUAGGACACAAGUUAGAAGAUUGUGUCAAGAGAACGCAUGGUUGAGAGAUGAGUUGGCAGGAACGCAACAAAAAUUACAAGCUAGCGAACAAGCGGUUGCUCAAUUGGAAGAAGAAAAGAAGCAUUUGGAAUUUAUGACUAGUAUGAGACAAUAUGAUCCUGAUCCUUCUGCGGAUGAUGAAAAUGCUAAGGAUAGACCGGUAGAUGAUCCUGUAGUUGAUCUAUUUCCCGAUGAUGAUGCAGAUGACCGAAACAGUAAAUCGAUAUCACCUACACCGCCAUCACAAUUCGCACAGCAAGUCAAUGCUGGAUAUGAAAUACCAGCACGCUUGCGUACUUUGCACAAUUUGGUAAUACAAUAUGCAAGUCAAGGACGUUAUGAAGUAGCUGUACCUUUGUGCAAACAAGCACUGGAGGAUUUAGAAAAAACUUCCGGUCAUGAUCAUCCCGAUGUUGCAACGAUGUUAAAUAUCUUAGCAUUGGUAUAUCGAGAUCAAAAUAAAUAUAAAGAAGCAGCUAAUCUUUUAAAUGAUGCAUUAGCAAUAAGGGAGAAGACACUUGGUGAAAAUCACCCUGCGGUUGCUGCAACAUUAAAUAAUCUUGCAGUUUUGUACGGAAAGCGAGGAAAGUACAAUGAAGCAGAACCAUUGUGUAAGAGAGCCCUCGCUAUUCGGGAAAACGUUCUUGGAUUUGAACAUCCAGAUGUAGCUAAACAACUAAACAAUCUCGCAUUAUUAUGUCAAAAUCAAGGAAAAUACGAAGAGGUGGAACGUUAUUAUCAGCGAGCUUUAGAAAUAUACGAAGCAAAGCUUGGCCCAGAUGAUCCUAAUGUGGCAAAAACGAAAAAUAAUCUUGCUUCUUGUUAUUUGAAACAAGGCAAAUAUAAGGGCGCCGAAAUUCUAUACAAACAAGUAUUGACUAGAGCACACGAGAAAGAAUUUGGUGCUAUUGAUGAAGAUAAUAAACCUAUUUGGCAGGUUGCGGAAGAACGAGAAGAAAAUAAACAUAAAAAUAAAGAAAAUACUCCUUACGGCGAAUAUGGUGGAUGGUAUAAAGCGGCUAAGGUCGAUUCCCCAACGGUUACAACUACAUUGAAAAAUCUUAGUUCCCUAUAUAGAAGAUUAGGCAAAUACGAGGCUGCAGAAACUCUUGAAGACUGUGCCUUCAGAUCAAGAAAAGAGCCAGUACAGCAGGCAUUAGAUCUAGUGAAACAAGCUAAGGUGGCUCAAAUAUUAGGAGAUGAAAAAGGAACAACUAGACGUGGAUCACGAUCGAGUUUUGCUAAUAGCGAACACGAACAACACGACGAGGGUUCGCUGCCACUGGUGCAAAGGGCGCUACAUGAAGGACAAUCUGGCCACCACGACGCUAGUCCUAACAAACCCGGUUUUAAAAACAAGAUCUUUCAAGCUUUCGGGAUUCAUUCUUCCACGUAGGAUAAUUGUCCGUUUGUAGUAUCGCUUGUCACUGAUUUUUUCCCCUAAUAUGUACGCAGAUUUAAAAGUACUGCUGAAUAUCUAUAUUCUUAGGAAAGAGGAGGGCAAUUCAAUAUUUAAGGGGAUUCCUUUAUUUUAGGUAUCCUUAAACUUUACAAAUAUCACGUUGUAUUCGAAAAUGCUGAAGGAUACUAUAAUCGUGCGAUAUACAUAUUAUUAUGUCUCGUAGAGUUGCCUUUUUAGGGACAUCUACAACUGGCUGUAUACGUGUGUGUGUGUGUAUUUCUCUGUGUUUCUCGGCACUGUUUCAUUGCACUUGCAUUAAUAUUCAACUAGAGAAACGUCAGUACCUAUUUUCUUCUCUAUAAUUUGCAAUGUAUUGUCACAAAAAUACAGUGCAAUCAAUUUUCAUCGUUCACAUCGGAUAUAUGCAUAUAUACAUUGUAGAAAACAAUGAAGCGUUAUUAAUUACUUCCAAUCUUUAACUGUGAUAACGCCUUGUGUUUAUUUUUUUAACGUAAAUAUGAGAACAUCAUAAAUAACGUUUGAAAAAGAUAUUUUUAAUCUGAGGCGCUUGAUAUGAUAUGAUAUAUAAUAUAUAUUUGAUUAUUUUAAAUUAUGUGUCUUAUAGAAAUACGUUAAUAUCUAAUCUCAUAAAACAAUAAUACUAAAUGUCAUUUGCAUUUCACGCCUUAUGGUUCCUUAAUAGAAAAAGAAAAAAAAAAGGUAGAAAAACAAUUUAGAUGUUCUAUUUUAAUAUGCUGAUAAUUGUUAACUUCUCUAUUAAGGAUAAUUUUUCUUAUUAAUAAGAGAUUUUAAAUUAUUUCUUACACAUUAUAACCGGAUUAUCUCUGUGAAACCAAAAGUAGUGUGGAAUGAUGACACACGUGUGGUAAAGAUAGAAGUUUUUAGUAACAGCUUUGCUCGACUAUAUAGCUUGGUAUAGAUUAGCAAAGAUAAUUUACAAAAAAAAAAAGUAAAAAAAAAAA